AUGGCAGUCCCAUUUGAUCAACAAUUUUUUGUUGAAAAAGAAAGAAACAACAAAUAUGAAUGGCUUAUAUUUAUUCUCACGCUUGUGAUACUAGGCAUACAUGGACUACUAUUCCAUUGGAUACCACGAUAUUUAAGAUUGAAAAGGCAAAGUGCUGGGCUCACCCAUGAUAAAUAUUUUGCUUUUAUUAAAAAAUGGGAUAGUUUCACAUCUUGUAAACAUUUCACCAUAUUCAAUCAUCGGUUCUAUUAUCAACCUAGUUUAGUCCUAUUUUGUAUUGUUUUCGUUGGAGUAAACAUUGGAUUAUGUUUUGCUGAAAUUAGAGAUAUUGAUUAUCAAGGUUUCAUGUAUGCAAUUUCCAAGAGGAUAUCACGUAUUGGUGUUGGAAAUUUACCCAUUUUGUUAUUGUCGGUGAUGAAACAUGAUUUACUUACGCAAUUUUCCGGGUUCCAGUUCGACAGGUUGGAAUUUUUACAUAAAUGGUUAAGUAGAUGGAUGUGGGCCAUGAUUACGGUACAUUUAUCACUAGCCUGUUAUUAUUGGUUAACCAACAACUUCUUAAUUAUGAUUAUUAUUCCACCACAAAUUUUUGGAUUUAUGGCUUACGGAAGUUUGGUUUUGUUGACUUGGACAAGUAUGAAGUUUAUUCGUCAAUGGUGUUAUGAAUUUUGGUUGGUUCAACAUAGAGUGUUUGCAUUUAUCAUGUUGUUUAUGUCAUUCAUUCAUAACACUGGUAAUCGUGCUGUGGUUUUGGUUUCUGUUCAUGGGUUGGUGAUUGAUAGGGUAUUGGGUAAAGUAAUGGCUCAUAUUCAUAAACGUUACUCGCCAACUAAAUGCAAAAGUACGUUUAGAAUUUUGGAUUCAGGAACUGUUGAAGUCACUAUUCCAGUUAGGGAAGAAGGUUAUGUUGCUAAUAGAUGGUACAAUAAAAUUCUUGGUUUCAAGAAUUGGAAAGCAGGUCAACAUGUGUACUUGAAUGUACCCAAAAUUAAGUGGUUCGAAUAUCACCCUUUCACCAUUGCCAGUUUGGCAUCUUCCAACGAAAUGAAGCUAUUGAUUAGAGUCCAAAAAGGGUUUACCAGAAAAUUGAUGAGACAUUUGGCAGAUAUAGAUCAUGAUGAACAUGAAGAUGAUUUAGUUAGUAUUAAAACCAUGUUUCACGGUCCUUAUGGUGCAGUGCAUCAACCAUUUAUUUCAUUUGACCAUUGUAUAUUCUUUGGAGCGGGUUCAGGUGGUGCGUUUACUUUCCCCGUUUGUUUGGAUCUUCUUCAACAAAUUCAAGCUAAAGACGAUAUGCAAGACUUUUUAUUCCGCCCAGUUGCACCAAAAAUUAGGUUUGUUUGGGCAAUCAAACAUUUGAAAAACAUUGUUUGGUUUAAACAUAUAUUUGAUCAAUUGACAACAUACUCAGCUCGGAACAAAUUGAUAAUUGAUAUCUAUGUCACUCAAGAGAAUGGUGCUGGUGAAAGUAGCAGUUGCAGUUCCAUUGAAGAAUGUGAAGUUGAAAGUGAACCAAAGCUAGAGCAAUCUUCUUCUAGUGAUGCAGGAUCAUUUGAAUUGACUUCGAUUGGACUGAAUCUGAAAUUACUCAACAAGAAUCAAAUCUACGGUAGUGACGAUAAGAGUCAGUAUAUGGACAAGGAACAAACUGUUAUAACAACAUCAACUACAAUAACAAACUCAGGUGAGAGUUCACAUAGUCAAAACAAACUAAAAACAGAUACAGUUGAAGUCGAAUACGACCUCACUAGUAAGCAUUUCACAUACAAUGUCUAUUACGGACGUCCCGAUAUUGGUUCUAUAAUCCAAUCACAUACAAACGAACUUUCCCUGCAAAUGACAAACAGCAGUACAUACAAGUCGUUGGCUGUUGCUUCUUGUGGUCCACCAUAUUUCACCAAUUUGAUUAAAGAACAAUGCCAAGUGGCAAGACGGGUAAAGGGUUCUCCUGAUGUUUAUUGUUACACGGAAUCAUUUUAA